CCAGCCAUUUGGUGCCAGCAUCAUGACGUCAGGUUCGUACCGAUGGGAGUCUAUGAAAUCCAUGCCAACCAAGCGGGUGUUUGCCUCACCUGCUGUCUACAAUGGACAGGUGUAUGUGUUAGGUGGGUGUGAUGACAAGGGAAUCCCGUUGAGCAACUUUGAGAUGUAUGAUCCUUCCACACGCAAGUGGACCAAGCUGGACGAUAUGCCUACGAAACGAGCUGCCCCUGGUGUGGCCGUUGUUGACAAUAAGAUUGUGGCUUUCGGCGGCGUAGCGGAGGACCAGAUGCCACUUGACGUGGUUGAAAUGUACGACAAUGACACAAAGAAAUGGACAAGUCUGAGCAGUUUGAAAGAAAAACUACUCGGUGUAUCUGUUGUUGUUAAAGAUAAGAAGAUCUUGGUGAUUGGUGGGAUGGCUGUUGAUACAAAUUCCCGAGAUAAUUUUUGUUCGUUUGAUGUUAGUAAAAACCAGUGGAAAGAAUUACCUACUAUGCCAACAGCAAGAUAUGCAUCAUCAUCAUUUCUCAUUGGUGACAAGCUGUAUGUGAUUGGUGGUCGGCAAGGCAAGAUACCUACUGCAGCUUUUGAAGUAUACAACAUAAGUACAGAGAAAUGGGAAUGCUUGCCUGAUAUACCCAGUAAGAGAGUGUUUUCAAUGUACGAGGCCACUGAUAAACACAUCUUCAGUAUUGGAGGACUUCAACAGCCAGCAAACAAAGGAUUUUCAGAUGCUUGUGAAGUGUUUGAUCUUGAUAAGAAAGUGUGGAAAGUGGGCCAGUCCAUGCCAACAAAAAGGGGAGAUUUUGCCAUUGGAAUUGUUGGAGGAAAAGUUAUAUGUGCAGGAGGAUUAGGAAAUCAGGGUAAACCUCUGAACACGGUGGAGUGCUACGACCAGGAGAAUGACACGUGGACUCAGAUCUGUGACCUACCCACGCUGCACUGCUCGUGUGCAUACAAAACAAUAGACGGAUGUCUUCACGUGAUCGGAGGACUGUCCAAGCAGGGACCCAGCGGAAACAUGGAGGCCAUUAGCUUCAGAUGAAUUACCUAGUCCUCUAAUUAAAUCAAAAUACUUCUUCAGGUACCACACUGGUGAUGAUCUCACGGUCUGCUGCAUUUGCAAUUUCAACAACAAACUUGGUACAGAAUUUAAUAGUGAAGCAGUUUAGCUUCGUGUUAAAGAUACUGAGUUUAGUUAUUCGCCAAUGUAAAACGUGUUUGGCUGUUAACAGAUUUUUUUAAAAACAUUUAAUUUACACAUUGCUUACAGUGUUGUGUUUAACUUAUUAAUUUUGGCAAAUUCGAUGUGUUUAUGAUCAUUCUGGUGUUUGCAGUAGAUGAAAAAUGCAUUUUAUGCAAAACAGGAAGACCGGUCUGAAAAGUAAUUGAUGUGUGAACAGUUGGGUGAGGUAUGAUUUCAGUUACAGCCAUGUUUUACAGUAUCUGUUAUUUCCUCAGAAACAUUUCAACACAUGGCAUCAGAAAAAUGUUUCAACCCAGGAUAUAUUAAUUAUUAUGUAGCCUACUGAUUUGUUACAGUCUAGUGUUUUUGCUGUGUCCCUGUUUCAGCAUCAAGGUUUUCAAAAGACUUAAGGCUGGUUGGUACUGGGUUCUCAUCCCAUCAUCGGCUCCCACCCAGAAUGAGCUUUAUUUGCUCAAUAGGGAGGUGUACUGUUAUGACACCAACUUCUCUCUCACUAACAAUUAACCGUAAACCCACUGUCCUGAAUAGACAGCCCAGAUAGUUGAGGUGAGUGCCCAGGACACUGUUCUUUGACUUUACUUGAAUAUAAGCUCAAAAUUCAAGUUAAAAUCAAUUACCAUAUGUUGCAUCAGUUAAGAAGUUGUUUGUAACUCAAUAACUUAAAACUUGGAAUUACAUGUAAUGGGGCGGGGAUGGGGGAAGGAUCUAGCUCAGUUGGUAGAGCACUCGCCUUAGGCACGUGGGUCGUAGGCUUGAACCUCCUUGACAGACCCAUUGGGGGCCUUUCUUGUGUCAACCAGAAUCAAAUGACAGGUUUAUCAAAGACAGUGGUAUGUGCUGUCCUGUCUGUGGGAAGUGCAUAUAGAAGAUCCCUUGCCAGUUAUCUCCAGGAAAAGCGAGUUAUCACUCCUGCUCCCCUCCACACUCGCAUAGAAAGUUUAGGCGAGCUGCAAAUUGAUCACCUUGGAACUUGAUAUGAUUGUUCACCUAUAGUCCGUCCCAUCAUUUUAUUAAAAUGUUUUUUGUAAAUAAAUUCAUUUUAGUUUGACAUAAGAAGAAAAGUUAAAGUGUUUUGGAAAUAACAAAGAAAUACAAUGUGUGUGUGCAAUUUACAAAUCAGUCUGCUCAGAAAUAAAUAUCUUGUAGUAAAUUACAUAGUAUGAAAAAAAUUUGAUCCCUGUGGGACGGACUAUAGCAUCAUUUCAGGGUAGUGAUCUUCAGUUCGUCUUGAUAUUGCUCAUGGUGAAGACUGCAUGCUGCUAAUGGAAAAAUCAUAAUGUAAAAUCUCUAAACAACCAAAUAUUUUAUAUCCAGAAGUAAAUGAUUCAUUACUCAUUGUACUCAUUGCAUUCAUUAAACAAAACAGACUUUUACAUGUGUCGAACUGAUGGGUUACAACCUGUUUUACUGUUUGUUUAAAAUUUUCAUAACAUAUGGUUUCCACAUCCAGUAAUGUUACAGUCAGUAAUGUUACAGCUUAAAAUCCUAUGUAAUCUGCUGGUGAAUUUACAAUGUAUGUUGCUUAUUUAAAGAAUUGUGAUGAUUUGUUUGUUCAUGUGUAGCUUGUAAGUAUUUUUUUUACACCAAAAAAUUAUACACAUCUGUGUUUUAUUUGAAGCAAGACGUUAUCAAUUAGAACAAAGACAUUUUUGUGAUCUAACAACUUUCAGAAGAUAUUUUUAUCUAAACCUACUCAUAACUGACCAAUUGUUUUGAUGACACCUAGCUUAGACAGCUUUACAGGCACUAAACUAGUUGGCGAAGUAAAAAGUCGAGAUUUAAGUAUUGUUUUCUGAUGGCGAUGACAUUAUAUUUUUGCAUUUAGACCUGUUUCUCACAAACUGUAUUGUAUAAGUCCUAGAUCAAUUAAAUUUGGAUAUUGUUGCACCUAUAGAUGUUCCUGUCAAGCAUUUGAUUAUUGGCCCAAUUCAUUGUAGAAAUGCUAGAAAAUACUAGUUAUUACACGAGGACUUUUAUGUUAAUGUAACAGAGACACUUUUAUCAGUUAUUUAGUACUAUUUUAAAAGAAAACAUUCAACUGUUUUUCUUAAAUUUAUUAAUCAAAGAAAUGACAACAAAAUAUUACGGUUUUGGACUAAGUGACAUACUUAUAAUUAAGAACCUUUUCGAUUGAAUGUGGAACAUGACCAAACAUUACAAAGUAUACAGAUAUAAAUGUUAAGUUUGUCUAUUUUUCUGCAGUUUUACCUCUUUCUUCUGGGAAAGAGAAAGUCACUUCUGAUGUUUCAAUCCUAGAUUAGUGCCUGGUUGAUUGUGUGUGAUAAUAUAUUGCAGUGUGAUGAGGUAUUAAAUUUCAACUUUACAUUAUUAGGUAACAUGUUUUUGUAUUAUAAAUUUACUUAAAUAAUUACUAUUUGUAAUGUUAUGAAUAUUAAAAUCUGUUUAUGCUAACUUAAUAUAAAUAUUAAAAUCUGUUAUACUAUUUUAAACAUUAAAAUCUAUUUGUUCUAAUAUAAAUAUUCAAAUCUGUUUUGACUAUACUAUAAAUUAUAAUUAUAACAAAUUUGUUUGUACUGUUAUGAAUGUUAAACUUUCUUUGUACUAUUGUUAUAUUAUACUUUUACACGAACAGUGUUAUAUACAUGUACACAUUAUAUACAAGGCUGUUCAGUCGAGCAAUACUGAAAUUUCAUUUGUGUGUAUUUAGUUAGUGUUUGAUGAAGCGUUUUUGGAGGGGUUGUGUCAAGAUCAUUUAAAAAUUCCAGUCAAAGUUUUUUUGUGUAAAAAUUCUUUUGAAGUACAGAAAGAAAAGAAAAAAGUGAGUAUAUAUAUAUAUAUAUAUAUAUAUAUAUAUAUAUAUAUAAUAUGUUAUAGCUAAUUCCAUUUUGAUAGGAGCACAUAAUUGGCCUUUCUUUUUGGAUGAUACAGCAACUGUUACAAUUAUUAUAGUUUAUUAAGCUAGGUUUUGACAAUAAUACAUGUAAAAGCAAUGUCAUAUUUGCAUAUUUAAUGUUCAUACACAUAAUCUCUGGGACUAGUUGUAUUGAACUCAAAUGUUGUUUCGGUCCCCAUAACAAAUGUUUUUAGAGAUCCACAUACCAGUAACUACCACUCCUUUCGAACGCUCGGACAGGGACUCCAGUAGCUCAAACAAAUGCUGCUGUACAUUGCCGGUUUUCCUAGGGGGCCAGAUAGUUUCUCCUUCAGGUGUUCAUCUGAAGGCCAGAUGACUUUCCUCUGGUUCUGGUAGUGGGGGACAAUGUAACGUCAACUAAAUUUAAAGUAUUUACUUACUUACUGUUUACCACAACUGGUCCAAAUAUACUUUUUGUUUCACUUCAAUGAAUUUGAAAGGUGAGAUGACAGAUGUUAUUUUUUCAAGAACAGCAAUCACAUCAACAGUUGUAUUUAACUGUAUGUUACUAUGUUACGUUUUGGAUUUUAACUUCUAAUAAAUUAUUAGUUCUAUUUACUUUUAUUUAAAACAUUUUUUAAAUGCUAAUCUGGUUUACGGUAGAUGUUUAAUUCUGUGAAAUUCUUGUUUAAAAAGGACAUCACCAGUCCAACUCGUGCUUUGCUUAUCUGUGAUACUGUACAUGUUAAAUGUUACCUAUUGCAAUUUCUUCAUAUAUUCUUCUACUGUAAAUUAUAAUUAUUAACUAUUUUUUAAAGUUGUUUGCUGUUUGCUGUAACCUGACUUUUGAAACUUGCUAUGACUUUUCUUUUUAUUUACAUAAUUUAAAAAAUGUAUUUUCUAAACCACUGGUAAAAUACUGGGUCAGGUUACAGCAAACUCAUAUUUUUUUCAAGAUGGCCGACAUAUGAUUCGUAAUUUGUAUUUUCUAUUUAAUGUAAUGUUUUCUUAAGGACACUGUUAUUAUGUAGUUUUAAAUAUUUGUUUUAAUUAUUAUAGCCAUUUGUACCAUUAAAUAAUUAAUUACUUGAGAUGUUUUGCUUAAAGUAUUAAUUUUGAUGUUUUUCUGGCCCCUCUGAGUAACACUAAUGCUUCUUAGACUGGUGUUUAUGCUACAUGUUAGACGGCAUGUCCACUAUGGGAACCAUUCAAAAUAGUUUGUAAAUGUUUAGCCAGAAACGGCUGGCUGAACGUAGGCUUGAUGUCUGUAGUAGAUCCAAAUGCCUUUUUAUGCAGUACAGAAACGGCUUGUACUUCAAGAACUGUCGAGAGUCAGUUGCCUAACUGACACAAAGAUUUUGUCUUGUGAGAUUGUAUUUUUCACUGUGAUGUAUUUCAAUCAUCUGCCAUUACCAUUAAUUGCACUGUCAAUCAAUUUCAAUUACUUAAACUCUCAACCAUCUGCCCUUAAUUACACUAUCAACAAUCUGUCAUUAAAUACUUGGUUAAACUAUUUGCCAUUAAUUACAGUCGGUCAUCUGUCAUUAAACUAUCAACAAUCUACCAUUAAAUACAUGUAUACUGUCAAAGCAUCUGCCAUUAAUUGCACUAUAAACCAUCUGCCAUUACUUACAUGUCAACCAUCUACCAUUAAUUACCCAGUCAACCAUCUGCCAUUAUUUACACUGUCAACCAUUUGCCAUUAAUUACACUAUUAAACCAUCUGCCAUUAAUUGCACUAUAAACCAUCUGCCAUUACUUACAUGUCAACCGUCUACCAUUAAUUACCCAGUCAACCAUCUGCCAUUACUUACAUGUCAACCAUCUACCAUUAAUUACUCAGUCAACCAUCUGCCAUUAAGUACACUAUCAACCAUUUGCCAAUAAUUUCAUUAAAACUAUUUGUCAUUACUUACACUAUAGGUUGUGCUGUAUGUUUAUUGAUAAAUUUGUUAAACAUUCAUACACCUGUAAAAAAAAAAAAAAAAAAAAAAACUUUUCAAGUGGCUGUUUAAUACCAUGUAUCUUCUUUUUAAAGCAUUGUUUCAAACACAUCCAUGCAGCAGAAGCAAGCUGAAUAUGUUUUCAAAUGAGUUGUAAGACAAUUGGUAUCCAAUGGACACAAGUGUAGUGCUCUGUGUUUGCAUAUCUUCAGAAAUCAGGGGUUGGGGAGGAGUCUUUUUUUUUUUAUUAAUAAGGAAAGUAAAUACUUUUUUCAACUAAACAAGGUUAUUUACAAAAUGUGUGCAUUUACGUUACAAAUUCAGUUAAAUUGUGCAUAGUCAACCAUUUCACUGUGCAUUUCAUUACAAAUUCAGUUAAUUUGUGCAGUCGACCACUGUGCAUUUCAGACAUGUACCCAAAGAGUGCAUCUGUAAACAAAAGGUGAAAAUAAUACAGUCAACAAUUACAAAAUACAUGCACAUACUCGCAACCACAUGUGAAUGCAUACAUACCGGUAUACAGGUCCACGCCAACACACAUUCAUAACACUGGUGCACAUGCAUCUCACAGACACCGUUGCACAUGGACAUACACACAAAACGUUUUAAAGUGUGCAAAAAAAACUUAUUUUAAAUGUAUCAUCUACAAUUAUAACUUCAUGGGGGACAUCCUCUCACCCCACCCCUUCCCUAAGUCUUGAGUAGCUUGUCAUUUGUGAUCAUCAAAUUCAAGUAUUAAUUUUGAUUACCAACCUACCUCCCCAAAGUUUUCAAGGUCAGUUUCACUCCCAACAGCCAUGGCUAAUGAUUCCACUACAAUAAUGAUUUAUCAAGAAUACAAGGUCAGUAUUAAUCUUCAAAAUAUGAUUUAAAAAAAACAAAGGAAUUGGAGAGGUUUUUAAAAAAACAAUUGUCUGUGGCACAUAAGCACAGCACUUUACAAUGGCUGCAUUACCAUUUUUUUUUUCAUGCCCCCUCGCCCCCCCCCCCCCCCCCCCCGUUUAUAUCAGUGCUUUAUUGUGGCUGCAUUAUGCAAUUUUUUUUAUUCUACCCCCUUUUUUAUCCCCCUUUAAAUCGGCACUUUACCAUCGCUGUAUUGCCAUUUCUUUUUUCAUGCCCCCUUUCCCCCUUUACAUUGGUACUUUAUCAUGGCUGCAUUAUGCAUUAACAUUUCUUUUUUUAUGCUACCCCCUUUUUUAUCCCCCUUUAAAUCGGCACUUUACCAUCGCUGUAUUGCCAUUUCUUUUUUCAAGGCCCCUCUCCCCCUACCCCCCCCCCCCCUUUUCCCAUUUAAAUUGGUUUUAUUUUUUUUAUUUAUUAAACCAGGAUGAUGUGAGUUUGGAUUACUGUUGUUAAACAUGACAAUGCAAAGUUUCUGCUCAGUGUGCCAUAUAAUGCACUGUAUCAUAUAUUGAUUUUUUAUGUGUUCAUACUAACAUGCUGAUUUUGCAUUUAAUUAAAUUGCGUUUAUUAAACUUCCUAUAUUUAUCUUUAAAAAAAAGCUACUUGUGUCAUUUGUCACAUGAUAUUGACUUUUGAUUUUUAUUUCUUGCCUUGUAUUACAUUUUGCUUGCAUCAAGUAUAAACUUGAAUCUGUUAAUAGAUUUUGUCCAUAUUUUGUACAAUCACAUGUUUUUUUCUGCAAAGUAAUGACUGGUUUUCAACCUGCUGUUUUCUACACCCCAUACUAUUUUUUACUUUUUAAUUUGCCUGCACACUUUGGUCAUUGGUUAAAAGCUGUUUGGCUAUAAAGUCAAAUUCCUAACUGUAAUUUAUUUGUUUUAAAUGUAUGCAUUUAAAGCUGCAGUUUUGAAUAUUUAUUUGUAUUAUUUAACCCUUUGGAAUACCUCAUUCAUGUUCAUUUUCAUACUGUUGUACACCAUCCUUCAAUAUGCUUUGCCUUUAUUCACUAUUCUAGUUCACAUAUAAAAAUGUAUUAUUCUUUUCUUCAAGAUUCUGAAGUAGAAUGCUAUUUCACCAGUUAAUCAUUAAAUUUCUGUUACAAUCAUUACAACAUAAUGUCAUCCCAUUGGUCCAGACGGGAGUUUGUUCAUUUUUCGAUGAACAUAAAAAUUACGUCGACAGGUAACGUCAUAUCUGAUGAUGUC